GCGGUCUGCCGUGGCAGAACGCGAUCCCCGCGACGCGUUGGAGAUCCCAAUUGAGUAAAAUGGUGCUUCAGACAAGCUCUACCUGAAUACCUUCAUUCUCCCUCACAACAAAACCUUGGAAUCACAUAUCAUGGACGGCGGAUACAACAGCUUUGGCGGCGGUGGUGGAGGCUUCGUGCCCGGCGAAACGAACAGCCCCUCGGGAGCCAAGACUGGCGACCGUGACAACAAGACCCUUCGUCCUGUGACAGUGAAGCAAAUCCUGGACGCCUCUCAACCCUAUCCCGAGGCUGCAUUCCAAAUCGACAGUGCCGACGUAGCCAAUGUCCUCUUCAUUGGCCAAGUCCGCAACAUCAGUUCCCAGAGCACAAAUGUCACAUACAAGAUCGACGACGGCACAGGUGAUAUCGAAGUCAAGAAGUGGAUUGACUCGACAACCGCCGACAACAUGGAUACCGACGACGGGAAAGCGCCCGGCGAUGGAAAGAGCGAGGUUGAGCUCAAUGGCUACGCCCGCGUCUUUGGAUCCAUCAAAUCAUUUGGAAACAAGCGUUACGUUGGUGCUCACAGUGUCCGGCCUUUGACUCAGAUUGACGAGCUGCAUUGUCAUCUACUGGAGGCCACUGCUGUGCACUUGUUCUUCACCCGUGGCCCGCCUGGUGGUGCUACGACUGGCAAUGCUGCUGCCGGUGGAGAUGCGGUGAUGGGCGGUGCCGAAGAGUACGGCACUGGUCAGAACAAGGCCCUAUCAACCAUGUCGGCCACCGCAAAGAAGGUGUAUACUCUGCUCAAGAACGAACCGCAGGAUGAGAGUGGCCUGCACCUGCAGGUUAUUUCGGCCAAGUUGAACAUGCCUGCAACCGAAGUUAGCAAGGCUGGUGAUGAGCUGCUUAGCGCAGGUGUGGUCUUUUCCACUCUGGAUGAGCAGACAUGGGCAAUCCUGGAGUACUGA